CAUCUAAACAACAUCAAGUUUCCAGUGUGCUGUUACGCGAUGGAUUCUCUCUACAAUUCUCUGCUUCGUCCUGCUGUUCAAAUGGCCAGAAAUUUAGUCCUAAACGAUUCCGACGACCAAAUUGAGCAGAUGCGCGGUGACCGAGAAGAGGAGGAGGUGGGACAAGGAGGGGAGGAAGAGGAGGACGGCAACGAAGAAAGCAUCCGUAGUGACGUAGCAUCGAGUGAGAGAAGUGACACGAGUGUGCAUCAAUCUAAUGAAUCGGGUACCGGCAGAACUUCGGGGUCAACUAGAAGGAGCAGCAGUCGUUCGGGAAGUACCAGCGGAGGGCGUGAGCAAAGUGGGGAGACCAACACAGGGGGAGAGACAGAUAAUGCCAGCGAGCAAGCAUCGUUCGUUGAUGAGUUGCCGAAUGAUUUGCUCUCUACUCGUUCUGCCCGUUCUCGUUCGCCUCCUCGAGGAGAGUCUGGAGUCACUACGGCCAUCAGCAAUUCGGAGACUAAUACGGCUUUUGGUUUGUCACCUGCUCGUCGACGGGCCUGGGACAAUGAGUAUGACGACGUUAAAACCGCCAGAGUCUGCCAGAGUGAGGAGAACUUAUUGGCAAGUGUGGGAACGUUCAAAUGCUGA